GCUCGGUGCGUACAAACACCCUUCCUUUUCUCCCAUUUGCCUUCUCUCUGAACUACUACGCCAAGUCCGCCCUUUUCUUGCUUUCAUUUUUCACAGUCUCCACUCACUAUCGAGCUCGAGCUGUUUCAGAGAAACGCCGCCGGUAUGCGCUCCGCCGUUCUUUGCCUUUGAUCGUCGUUCUUCGGCCGUUCUUGAGGAUUCUGCGUUACGGUUGGGACUUCUUUGAUUGUCCGUGUCCGUGAAUAAUCCAAGGUUUGUUGAAGAUUUUGAAUGCUGCAUUAGAAACUUUUCUGAAAUAAACAAUGGCACCAAACCCAAGAGUUAUAAGUGCCUUUCGGGCAAUGAAGACCAUUGGAAUAUCAGAAGAUAAGGUGAAACCUGUGUUGAAAAACCUUUUAAAAUUAUAUGAAAAAAACUGGGAGCUCAUUGAAGAGGAGAACUAUAGAGCCCUUGCAGAUGCUAUUUUUGACCAAGAGGAAGCCGAGGCUGCUGCGCAACUCAAGAAGCCUAAUAAUGCUGAAGUUGUUGCACAACUCAAGAAGCCUAAUAAUGUUGAACGAGAGGAAGCUUUAGAUGAAGCAACACAAGAGGAGCCAGAACGACCACUUAAGCGAUUGCGGUUAAAAUAUCAAGAUGGUCAACCUUCACAUUUAUGUAACAAUGCUAGCACUGCCUUGACUGGAUCUAAAUUAAAAAAGCCUAAAGUGGAGGUUGAUGAAGUACCCAAUGAUCAUCAGAGUCAGCAGCAAAGUAAUGGAGGCAGGACAGGUCAGUCCCAACCCGCCACCCAUGCCAGAAACAAAGGAAAGCAACCUAUUUCACCAAACUCUCACCCAGUGCAACCGAGAGAUAGAGGAAGAGAACAUCUAGCGAUUCAUUCUGCAUCUCAGAAAACUUCUGGCACUCUUGCUUUGAUCAAGCCUAAGGACGAACCGUUCACUGAUGAUAUGCCACACUAUGAGGCCCCUCUUGCAUGUCUUCCCCCUGAGCCGGCAAAUGAGUCUGAUGCACCAAAUGGAAAUUGUUCGCACAGAGAUCUAGAUGCUCCAGAAACCUUAGCAUCAAAAUCCAGCGUGGGGAAAGAUGCAAGGAAUUAUACUGCAGCUGCAUCUGCUGAAAUGGUAUCAAAUCAACAGCUGGCAAGGAUUGAGGAUGGAUCUUCAUCUAACCUAGAGAUUGCUUCCUCUCCCUCUGGAGAAGUUAAAAUAUCUAUAAGUUGUUCCUCUACCAUUGGAGGACCUGACUUUCAUUUGCCUAAUCUAAAUGAAGUGCUUAAAUUGGUGGAAGAUAGGUGUCUGAGGUCUUACAAAUUCCUGGACCCAAACUUUUCUGUGAUGAAACUGAUGAAAGAUAUGUGUGAGUGCAUUGAAAUAUUGGGGACCAAAACUUAUAAUGAUAGGACAGAAACAGAAAACAUGAUGACAGCUAUUACUCGGUUGGAAACAUCUCUUAUGGAAGAUGAUUUCGAUUCUAGUGGCAAGCUUCCUGAUUCUACAAAUGAACUGAUAAAUUUUGAAGUUGAUGCUGCAUUGGUUCAGCCGCAAAUACCACACCUACCUCUACCUUGCAAUGGUGUACAUGACGACACACUACCUGAGGAAGUUGCAUCUGAGAACAGUGACAGAGUUGCUACUCGGAAUGAUCUUGAACAGAUAAAUUUUCAAAGUCUGGUCCCGAUGGAGUCAUGCCAACCAUCUUCUGAUAAAGUAUGGUCUCUCCAUGAUGUUAUUGACAUUACUAACGGGCAAGAGAAGAUGGUAAUUCCAAUAGUGAAUGAGGUUAAUAGCGAGGUUCCCCCAUCAUUCCACUAUAUAGCUCAGAGUGUAGUAUUUCAGAAUGCAUAUGUGAAUUUCUCCUUGGCGUGUAUUGGAGAUAAUCAUAGUUGUUCAACUUGCUCUGGUGAUUGUUUGUCAUUGUCUGUUCCUUGUGUUUGUGCACAACAAACCAGGGGAGAUUUUGCAUACACAUUAGAUGGCCUUCUCAAAGAGGACCUUCUAAAAGACUGUAUUUCUAAAAACCAGGAGCCCAAAAAACACAGCCAGUUCUUUUGCAAGGUGUGCCCUUUAGAGAGAUCUAAAAAUGAUGAUAUUGUAGAACCUUGCAAAGGUCAUUUAGAAAGGACUUUCAUCAAAGAAUGCUGGUGGAAAUGUGGAUGCAAUAAACAGUGUGGCAAUCGUGUGGUCCAACGCGGAAUAAGUCGAAAGUUACAGGUGUUUAUGACGUCUGAAGGAAAAGGAUGGGGCCUUCGGACUCUUGAGGACCUACCAAGAGGCACAUUUGUUUGUGAAUAUGUUGGAGAAGUUCUUACCAAUGCUGAACUCUUUGGUCGUGUUUCACGAAGCCUUAGUGGUGAGAAGCGUUUCCAUCCAGUGCUACUUGAUGCAGAUUGGGGUUCAGGAGGUGUGUUAAAGGAUGAAGAAGCUCUUUGUUUAGAUGCUACAUAUUAUGGGAAUGUUGCAAGGUUUAUUAAUCACAGAUGUUUUGAUUCAAAUUUGGUUGAGAUCCCUGUCGAGAUAGAGAGUCCUGAUCACCACUAUUAUCAUCUUGCUUUCUUCACUACAAGGGAUGUUAAAGCCAUGGAAGAAUUGACUUGGGACUACGGAAUUGAUUUUGAUGACCUUGAUUAUCCAAUAAAAGCAUUCCAAUGUCAGUGUGGAAGCCAGUUCUGCCGAAAUAUCAAGCGAUUGAGUAGGUCCAGAGGAAGGAGGUAAAAUGAAGGUUACAGAUAUGAUGCAACCCAUAAUGUGAUAAGCCUAACUUUUUGGUGGACAACUUGUGGUCUGCACUUGUAAUCAGUGUGAAUCUGCUGCUGCUGCUAAACCAACUCUCUUUAUUCAACUUUCCCAACUUUUGACUGCUUUUUCUAGCUGCAUUGCAGACUUGUACAUCUUUGUUUGUACCAGUGGCAGCAUAUCUUUAUAAUGUUAUGGUAGAUAUAACCUAGUUUGUUUAUCUA